AAAUAAUUGUCCUCACCGGAUUCUCUGUUCACCGGGUGUCUGUCAUUAUAAAUCAAAAAUUUCUUUUGUUUAGUUCCCUAUAAAGUGGUUUGAGAUUGUGUGCAAUUUCUGUUUUCACGUUGUCUGUAACUCUGAUUUGCAGGUGGGAUUGAAGUGAGGUGAGGUGAGGUUAGGUUAUUCCCAAAGCAGAUAGAUAGAUUGUGAUGGCAUCAAAGGAAAUAAUUUUAGUCCAGGGGGAGCAGCAGUGUAAUGAGCUUUUGCCUUUGCAAUCGCAGCCACCAGGAUUUGAUUUCACGGAUUUCCGGCGGCGAAGGAACAGAGAGGCAGGCCAGAUUAUUCGUAAUCCCGACUGGUUGCCCAGCGGCUGGAUUACAGAGAUCCGAAUCAGAAAAAGUGGUAACUCUGCUGGGCAUAUGGAUAAGUAUUAUUUCGAGCCUGUUAAUGGUGAGAGGUUUCGAUCAAAGGCAGAAGUACAGAGGUAUUUGGAAACCGGAUCUAAGGAAAAGCCAAAGGGAAUAUCCAAUGAACAGGCACAACCAGAUCAUGCUGCUUCUGCUUGCCCUAAGCAACUCUAUUAUUAUCUCCCAGUUCUGUGUACAAGCGCUUUCUACUCCAAACAUCCCGGGCUCUACCCAGUCGUUUAUUUUCCUGUAAUUGGAAAUCCAGAGGACAGAUCGAAGUACCCGCCACUGGAAUUUCUUCAGAAUUUGGGGCACCUGAAGCCCUUCUUUCCAGACCAUAAUGUACCUUCAACUUCCACUAGCCAAAAUGAUCUCUCCAGAGAUUCAACUGUUGGCUCACGAAGAAUGAAUUUCAAAGCCAACGCUCGGCGCAAAUUUUCAGAGGAUGUGUCAGGAGGAUCCGAUGCGCAGAGGAAGAAACCCAUGUUAGUCUAUGGGUUGGCCUCACAAAAUGGUAUAGACAUUAACAGAGCUUCAUCUUCCAAUGAAGUGCAGCAGAGCCCGUCAAGCACUUACCCAGCGAGCAAUCAAGGUGGUCCAUACUCAUCUACAAUGUCCUGUAAUAUUUCUGGCUUUACUGUAAGUACAUCAGCGGGAGUUGUGAGUACUCAUGUUGAGUAUAGGCCAAGCGAGCAGCAGCACAAGUCACCCAUCACAUCCCAAAUCCAAAACCAGGCAAAUCAAGUGCGAGCCAUGAGAGGCCAACUGUCACCUGCAGAGGUAAAAAUUUAUGAGCAAGCCAAGAAAAUCUCAACCUGUACACAACUUUCAACCUGUACUGACUUGGUACCUUGGAAGCCUUGGAAACCAUAAGAGUUCCCUAUUUUUGGUUUUUUUUUCACUUCUCAAAUCCCAGGGUAGUCUAACACAUCUCACAAAUUUUGGUAAUUCUCUGUGAGGGAAUUCAAUGCCACACUUAGUUUCCCCAUUUUCUGAAUCUAGGGUAUCUGAAAGCAUGAAGCUCAAAGCUUUUGGACUUAUAAGGUCUACUUGCAAUUUCUAGCCCUAACUGCGGUAAAUAUAAAUGGUGAAUUUUUUUAAGGAGGGGAAAUUGUCCAUUGACCUUAGGGGAAGUCGUAAGACUUUGAUCUGGUCAAUUAGAAAAGAAAUGGGUUUUGUACUUAUCCGGUGGGCUGGAGCCUGGAAAGAGUACCAGAGCUCCACAAACUGCUUGAUAAAUAUAUUUUUACAUGUAUUGUACGAGAACCACCAAGAAGAGUACCUGUACUUUUAUGUACUGUAUCUACUAAAGCUUGAAUGUGAAAUAGGGUUUCUUAUUUCUGGUAUC